CUCACAGAUCGGGUAAUAAUGCGACCAGGCGGCUACUUCGUUUUGGUCUUGUUUGCAUCGAUAACAAUAUCGUGUGGCCAAAAAGAAAAGAGUAGGGGAAAAAUAUAUGCGCCGUGCAAGGAACUUUGCGACGAAUAUUCCUUAGUAGAUUGCAGUAGCUGUAACAUCAAACAGGGAUUUGAUGUCGAUGAAGUAUGCUGGAAAGUGUGUUUAAAAAAUGAUCCCCUGGGGGUGAAGUUUGCACUUUUCCCUUGCGUCCAGAAGUGCCACAUAAAACCGGCUGCAUGUCCCCCGCCAGGUGAUCCUCAAUAUGGCAAUCCGCCAAAUAAAUGCUGUAUUAAAAAUAUUUGGCAUGCACCUAAAGAGGGCAGAGGUUUCCUAUGUCAGCAUGUAAAUGGCGCAGUAAAACUACUGAAACAAUGUAAAAAGGGAGAAGUAUUUUCAAUUCGGGAUUGCAAAUGCAUUGCAAAGCCAG